AUGGGCCAGCAGGAGGCUGAGACGGAGAAGUGGCAGGGGCUGCUGAAGGAGCAGCGUGUGGGUUCUCCAGAUGCAGUGGAAGAUCCCUUGGAUGCUAGAAAGGGACACACCUACAGAGAAGUCAAGCAAAAUGGUGACAGGGAGAUCAGCAUGACAGGCAGGGGAAUCACGUGCCCGAGUCAUGGCAGUUCCUUGCUUGCUCCUGGAGAUCGGGGCAUGGACCAAAUGGGUGUGAAAGAGGCUUGCCCCGUACGGGAACUAACAGGUCUCCGGGAAAGUAGUCUGUCUCUGCAGACGGUCGAGCGCUGUCCGACCCAGCCAGGCCACCAGACCAUCAUCUGGCAAAUCCUGCAGGGGGAUGGUGUGAAUCUCAAUUGUUUGGGUGAUGAGAAGGGAACUCAGCUCAAGAUGGCGAAUUCUCAGUGGGGAAGCAAUGCCUCUGAGGACACAGGAAGUGCAGUUCCAGAAAUAAGCCAAGGGGAUGUGUUGGAGACAGUGGAGCUAUGUGGGGAAGGAAGAGAGUCCAGAGAGCAGGGAAAGCAGCCGGCGGAGAGAAAGAAGGGAUGCAGUGAACUCACAGAAGCAAUGGUUGACCACUCUUUUAAGGUACACACAAGGAAUAAAUUCCCCAUAUUCUCCAAGUAUGAUAGAAAGAAUCGCUACAGAUUAGAACCUGAUAUAAGUGAUACCGGGGAGUACUUUGACGAAUGUCUUAUAUCAGAGGAAAACUUCCAGCAAAAUUCAUGCCUUGAUGAACACAAAAGAGCAGUAAUAGAAGGGGGUACUUGGAACAGAAAUCCCAAUACGCACACAAAAGAGACAGCUAAUAAUUAUCCCAUAUAUAGGAAAGACUUCAGUUGCAUACCAUCACUGAAAAGAAAUCAGGGAAUUCAAAGUGAAGAGAGAAUCUAUGAAUGUUCACUUUGUAGCAGAUAUUUCAAUCAGAAAGAACAUUUGGUCAAGCACCAGCAACUUCAUUUUGAAGAAAAUAGACAUGAAUGUUCUGAGGAUGGGGGAAUCUUUACUUUCAGAAACAUAGUAGUAAAGCCCCAAAGGAUUCAUGUUGGAGAGAAACCUUACCAGUGUUCUCAGUGUGGAAAAUGCUUCAGUCGGAGUUCAAAUCUGAAGAUUCACCAGAGAAAUCAUACAGGAGAGAAACCCUACAAAUGUCCUGACUGCGCAAAAAAAUUCAGUCGGAGUGAAUAUUUGAGGAAACAUCAAAGAAUUCAUACCGGAGAGAAACCAUACAAAUGUUCCCUGUGUGGGAAAAGCUUCCAUCAAGGAGGAGAUCUGAAGAAACAUCAGGUAAUUCAUACAAAAGAGAAGCCAUACAAAUGUUUUCAGUGUGGAAAAGGCUUCAGUUGGAGUGAAUAUUUGAAAAUCCAUGAAAGAAUUCAUACCGGAGAGAAACCUUACACGUGUCCCGAGUGUGGGAAAUGCUUCAGUCGGAAUAUCUAUUUGAAAAACCACCAGAGAGUCCAUACUGAGCAUAUGAAAGUCUUCUGUGUGCAAAAAGCAUCAGAAAAUGCACUUGAAUGAUCAUCAGGAAAUACAUGCAGGCAAGGAACAAUUGUAGGAGAAAAGUCUCCUGGACAGACGGGUUUCUAAGACAUCAGAGAACUUGUGGGAGGCAGAACUGUUGUGAAUGCCACAGGAGGGGUUUCACUGAGGAAGAUGCAGUUAUGA